AAAAAAUCAUAUCAUCCACUCGUCCAUUCAUAUAUCCUUGGUUUGACUCCCGAAAUGAACCUAUUUCGUUUUGGCGAACCCGACGACUCGGGAUCCGAUCUUGACGAUGAUCCCUCUGGCCUCCCCUUUCCAGAACCCCUGUCCCGCUCCUCCUUCCUCGCCCCCGACUUCGACCCAGCCGAGUACCUCUCGUCCCUGACCAACCGACACCAGAGCCUAGAAGACCUCCGCCAGGAGCUGCGCGAAUUGGACCAGCUCCUCGGCAGGGAACUUCUAGACCUGGUCAACCAUAACUACCAGGACUUCCUGUCACUGGGGUCCGCGCUGCACGGAGGCGAGGAGAAGGUCGAGCAGAUCCGCGUGGGCCUGCUCUCCUUCCAGCGCGACGUCCAAACAAUCCGGGAGAGGGUCGAAGCCCGCCACGAGGAGAUGGAACAGCUGCUGAACGAGAAGAGGCGGCUCCGCGGGAAUGCCAAUUUCGGUCGCGCCUUGCUGGACUACGCGGACCGGGUGGACGAGCUGGAGAAGAGGCUGAUGAUCGGGGAGGCGGGUUUGACGUCAACAACAGCGGCUACGCAGCGGCAGGAUACGGACAAUGGCUCCGGGACGGAUUCCGAUGAUGGGCUGGACACGGAUAGUGAGGAGAGCGGCGACGAGGGGCUUCUCACUAACGGAGCGGCCACGGCGCCCUUGGUGUCGCUGAAGAGGCUCGAACAUCACAUUCAGAAAUACGUCUACCUGAUGCAACUGUCGUCCCGGCUUGGGGGAGACCACCCGUUCUUUGUCAGUCAGCAGCCGCGCAUCGCGAAGAUCAACGCGGCUCUCCUUCUCGAUCUCAAGACCGCCCUCGAACAGGCCAGUCGGGCGGGCGAUAAACAGGACACCAAAACUAUGGCCGUUUUGCGCCUCUACAAUCUCAUGGGAGAGGACAACAGUGCCGUGUCGACCCUGAAGAACUUGAAAAAAUUAUAGUGCCACUCUCACGGUACUUUCUAUUUCCCUCUGCCUAACUCCUUCCCUUCUGUUUUAUUACUUGGCAUAGCGUCGGCGUUG